UGUAAUGGCCGCGAGUACCUGACAUGGAAUCAGAAUAUUCUGGCGGCUAGCAAACCCAUAUCAGGGUUUGCAGGAUGAGCCGCAAACCGAUCACAGAUAAUUAUUUUAAUAUGUUUAACCAAAUACUCUAAUGUGCGAUUGACGUAUUUUCAUGAAAAUGGCUGUAAAGCGCAAAGAUUUUCAAAAGGCAGCUGCAUUUCUUCAUGAAUUUCUUCUGAAGUUGAAUGAGGAUUCAGAAUGUGCAGAGUUAAGAGAUACUUUAAACUUAGCUCUUCUGCAGUUGCAGAAGUAUUAUCGAUUGUUACAGAAUCGCAUUCAUGAGAAGAAUGCUCAAGUAACAUCAACGUCCUUGUCACUGACUGCCAGAGGACUGAGUCCUAUGACUCCUUUUGUUGACGCACCAGACAAAUUUCAGUGGCGAUGGAUAAACUUAGAUUCUUUACGGAGUUUAACAGGAAUCAGUAAUGAGGAAAGUAUAAACCUGACAAGGUUACCCGCGAUCAUUCAGGCUGUCAAGGAAAGCAACUUUGACAUGUGUGUGGAGUUAAUUCAGAAUGAUAUUUCCUGUAUAGAGGAACAAGAUGGAAUCGGACGGACAGCAUUAAUAUACGCAGUACACUUUCACGAGUUAGAGAUUUUGAAGUGCCUUUUGGAGAGUGGAGCUGAAGUGAAUGCUACAGCUCAUGACGGAUCUACAGCACUACACCAAGCUUGCCAUGAUGCCAACCAUAAAGCCCUUAGUAUGUUGUUACAAUAUGGUGGUGACUUCACAAUGCAGGACACACAAGGGCGUGCCCCAAUCCACUGGGCUGUCACUACAAAAAGUACAGAGUGCCUCAAGUACCUUAUUGGUCACCACGCCGAUGUGAAUGCUCGAGACAAGGACGGCUUAUCUCCCUGUAUGUGGGCAUGUCGACUAGACCAUAUCAAACACUUUGAGCUACUCAGCUCAUCUUCCAACUUUCGAGUGGACGAUGCCGAUGGGAUAGAGAGGGACAACAAUGGCCGCACCUGGAUGCACUGGUCCAUCAGGAGAUCCGAACCUUUAGAAUGUCUCCAGACCUUGUUAACCCAGGAGACAGCUGCGAUAAAGGACGAGGAUGGCAAGACGGUGCUACUUUUGGCAGCAGAAAUGGGUUCUCUGCUGGCUUGUAAGAUCAUUGUUGAGAUAGGAGGUACAGACUGUAUAUAUGACAGAGAUACACAAGAGAGAACAGCUCUCCAUCUGGCGUCUGUAGGAGGACAUGGGGACAUCGUCAACUACCUACUGGAUCAUGGAGCUGACUUGUCUGCGGUAGACAAGUUCAAUGCCAAUGCGUGGGACUAUGCUAAGAACCGCCAGCUUCACUAUGUACAGUUGAUAAUUAUGUCCCACCAGAGGCAGCGUCUCCAGAGUAACCCGACCUCCCCCAUCCCUAACGGGCUUGGUUUCUCUCUCAUGUCCACCAACGGCUUCAUGGGUACACUUGGCUCAAUGAAUGGCGACCAUAAUGGCAACGACUAUGAACACAUGAUUAACACAAGAGGUAGUUUUGAAAGCAUGCCUAUUACACCACCUCACCCUCCUAAGCGGCCACGAACUGAGAGGCGGAGCGUCCGGACACCACUGAGGCGGUCAACAAGUCUAGUGAGUGCCCCAGAGAGAGAGCCAUCUUUUGUACAGCCCCCUGAUGACCGCUACACCUCCAGUGCUGGUGGCGAUCUUAACCGGCGAAAAGAACGACUUGAUGUGACUGUUAACACGAGGAAUACUCCUGAUAUACUUCCUGUCCAUAACAACAAUAGAGACGACGUUCCUAUGGUCACCGAUGACAACCAUGUGGAGGAUGAGAUAGAUGAUGUGAGUGCUGGAGGAAUGGAUGUGUCUGACAUUGAAGAUGAAGAUGAGGAAGCCCCUCCCCAAACCUCCAGACUUCCUCAUCGACAGGACAGUGGAUCCCGAGAACAAAUCCAGCCGCGACCACCUCCGCGGCAAACCCAGCAACGUCAGUCCAAACCUUUAUAUGCUCAACCACUAGAACCUCAGUAUAACCGGAGGACUAAUCAGGGAUUCCCGCAGGACGGGAAUGUUAGUCGGGACUACCGGGACCCUCAGGAGAACAGAGAUUACAGAGAAGCACAACGACAACAACAACAGCCUCCAUCUCCUCCGAAGUAUCCUCUCACCAGCAACACCAGAGUUAUCUCCCCUCACUUUAACCAGUCUAUGAACCCCUCUGAGAGUUUCCCACCCAGUCGCCCUCGACCUGCACCCCGUCAGCCACAGCCACUACGUAACACUCCCCCCAGGCCUCCCCCUCCACGGCCCACACCCUCACCGGCUCGGCCAAGCUCUGGGGCUCGUGACCAAUUACAAAGUCCGCCAUCCACAGAUCAGAUGAGACCAACACCACCACCAGCACAGGAUCAAAACCGUCCCAAUUCAGGCUCGCGACCACCAGGUGUGGUUGAGGGAAGGCGGAUACCACCUCCGAUGUUGACGCCCCUAGAAAACGCUCCAGUUCCACCCUCAAUAACUAAGAUAGAAAAGAAAGAGAAGAAAAAGAAAAGAAAGAAGAGAGAACGAGAAAAAGAGAAAGAAAAAGAGCGAGAAGCAGACCUCAGAUCUCCUCCCAUGGACCUGGAGCCUCCGAGAGGUUAUGCUGCCCCACUACAUCCUCCUCCUUCGGCGACAGUCCGACAGCAGCGAGCCCAAUCUGGGAUACCUGCCCCACGCUUCUCCAAACAACCACCACAACGACAUGAGUCUAGAUAUGUAGAUGAAAACAUGGAGGACGACCAAAGUAAAGAGGAGGAAAGCAGUAGUAAGGAGCCUCCUGUUGUCAAUGGCUACGCUGUCCCAAUGAGGGAGGGCCCAGCACGAUCAGCGAGACCAGGCCAAAGUCGCCUUCAGCCGAUGGAGAGUGAAGAAUAUGAGGAUGAUCCUGACCACGAAGAUGAGCCUAGUGACAACAGGGACCAUAGUGAUCAUCGUGAUCAUCGUGAUCAGAUUGAUCAUGGUGAUCCUCGUGAUCCUCGUGACUGCAGAGAACAGGGUGAUCAAGGUGACAGACAGGAAGAUUUAGAGGAGGAGGAGGAUGUCGGCCCGCUUAUACCUCCUCCCCAGGGCUUCAGGGGAGGUAACUCUCGCCCAAGUCGGCCACUUGUCUCCCAGUCCAUCCCACAGGACAGUCGCAGUUCCAGGAUGAUCCCUACCAGUGCUAAGCCACCCCUUCCUGCGAGUGGGCGGAGUCGGGAUAGCUCCGCCUCGGGUCGUCACCACAAGAGCCCUUCUCCCUCCCGUAGAUCACGCCCCCACACUGGCAGAUCCAACAGCUCUUCAUAACCAUGCCCACCUGUUUGAUCAGCUACACAACUCGUCCUCACAUUCUGGGAUCAAUGACAGCCUCUACACCAUCUCUGACAGCUGGGAAUCUUUUCAUCACGAGAAUCUUCUGAAGAGCUAGAGGUGAUCACCAGCAUCUCCAUGUUUUGCUUCUAAGACUUGUUAGCAGUUCUAUAUCUAAAUAAGGAAGUCUUAAUGCAGUCAUAUUGAUAUUUUAUCAUCAACCUUCGAAUGAUAGGUUUAUAGAUUUGUUACCUCCAAACUUUGUGAGAGGAAGGCUUGAAUAUGAUUGCUAAAAUCAGUACAGCAAUGUUUUUCUUUGAUGAAGAAUUUUUGUACACUCAGUCAUUUCAAUCUAAAUGUGCAUCAUACAGCACCAUUAGUUUACACAGAGCAGAGGUUACUGUAUCUGAGGUGAUUGUGUUUAAGUAACAAGCUAUUGGAUGAUAGUCAUGUGUAUAAUACCACAGUUUCGUUUAGUAUUCACACCCCUGGAAUACAAUGAUUGUCAUAUGUAUAAUACCACAGUUUCGUUAAGAAUUCACACCCGUGGAAUACAAUGAUAGUCAUGUGUAUAAUACGACAGUUUCGUUUAGUAUUCACACCCCUGGAAUUACAAUGAUUGGAAACGAUUGUACUAAGUAUUGGUAAAGACACACAGGAUUUGUCAUAUUGAAUUAAUUAAACAAGUUCUUUGAUUCUAUAUAACACAGGAAGCUGAACUUGUAAUCACUGAGCUUGAUAAAUUCCAUAUGAUAGGUACAUUAUUGUAAGAUUCCAUUAACACCGGCAUUUUGAUUUGGACGGGAUUUUUUUCAUGAUAGUUCACCUGUUUCUGAUGUUAAUUGUGACAAGGGGCUGUGUAUACACUCUCUUCUAUAUAAUGUAUUAUAAUGUAUUAAAGAGAUCUUUUGGCGGGGAAAGUUUUUUUGCCAGGGAUUGGAAGGACUGUACAGUAAAUUUGUUAAGAUUUUCUGUUGGAGACUGAGAACAAGGUUUAUAGAUUUUUUGUUGGAGACGUGGAACGACCUUUUAAUCUUUGUAAUAUGAUUCUGAUAAUUGUAGGGAGUUUUUCUCAAUACUCAAAAAUCAGCUGAUUUCACCUUUUGUGCCAAGACUUUUUAUAUUUAAUUAAAGAUUCUUGUAUUUUUUUCUCCAUUCUUGUCUCUGUUGAAGCUCUCAUUGAUACUUGUCCUCACUGGUUCACAUACUCAUACCUGUUUUGUUUGAAUCUAGAUAACAUAAAUCACAUCAAAUAUUCUAAUGAUUAUUUAUUCACAUCAAUUAAACCAUCUCUUACUGUCCAUAUCUUUAAUUUAAACUCACAGCAAUAAGUUUUAUGUUCAAGGUUAUUAGUAGAACACGUCUUCAAAAACAUCAGCUGUAGAUUUAGAUGUAGGUAUUUGGAGUCUGAGUAAUAGCGAUGUACAUUAUACUGAUGUAGAAGCUGGUAGAUAUCUUGUGAUGUACAUUAUACUGAUAUAAAAGCUGGUAGAUAUCUUGUGAUGUACAUUAUACUGAUAUAAAAGCUGGUAGAUACCGUGUGAUGUAAUUAUAACAGCCAUAUCAGUACUUAUUAUUCUAACAAAAGUUUGUUUUACUUGAUCAGUGAUUCUGUGAUGUGGAUUCCUUCUGUACUAUGUAUAGAGUCAGAGCGUUUAAUCUGUCAAACCUUUUGUUGAGAAAACACCUUUUCACACUUGUGGUUGUGAAUGUGUAUUGAUUUUAUAAAAUUGAUUUGGGGAUUCUGAAUGUUUGACAGAUUCAAAUAAGGUAUGUUGAAUAUUAAAAGCCAGUAUAAAUAUUACUGUAUAUGAUCUGGGGAGGGUUCUAUAUCUGAUUCCAACACAUCUCUUUGUGUGUAGCAGCUGUGGAGAUAGGACAUCAAGUUUUUAAAACAUAACUUUAUAAAUCUGAUAUUAAUUCUAACAGUUGUCCUCAUUGUCUAUACUAUAGGUGACAUCCCUCAUACGACCUUAGUGGGACGUCCCUCAUACGACCUUAGUGGGACGUCCCUCAUACGACCUUAGUGGGUAUCUAGUAUACACUGGGUACCAUGUUGACCACUGAAUGUUAGAGAUGGUGAUAUGUAAAUGGCAGUUGUGAUGUCAAACUUUAUGUACCAUAUAUCAUUAUACUAAGUAUUUAUUUCUAGCUUAAAUUAAGAAGGAUUGGUGAACCAUCACCAUUAUAUCGUUUUUAUCUUAAUAUGUUAUUGCUCCUUUUGUGAAUCGUAAUCCUCACAAAUGAGUUAUUUGCAGCACAUUCCCGAAAUGAUUUUAAUAGAAGGAAUUGUUUUACUGUAUUUGUUGAUAGAACAAAUUAUCCGUCCUGUUACCCCGUAGAGGUAUGUUUUGUUAUUUAAAUGUCUAUUUUACAUUUAUAUUGUCCUAUAUUUAUGAAUACAUUGUACAGUUGUAAUAGCCGUUCAGGUGUAACUUCCGUCCAUUUGUUUUUUUUCAUAGUUUUACCCAGUAUUUAUAAUGUUUUAUGUUUAUUUUUCUUCUUACACUUAUAAUCAUUCCAGAGCUGAUGAUAAAGUAAACAGUCAUGCAGGGGGAAGGCAUUUAUGUUUAGGUUCCAUCACCCAUCAAAUUGCCAUGAUUAGCACUCCAAAUACACUUACGAUAAGAGCAGUGUGAAGGUUAACCCACACUGGUCACAUAUUGAUUUCAUGCCCUUGUGUACAAGUUCUAGGUACCGUCCACUUUUCUCCCUUUGGUUCUCUUUUGUCCUCAGUCCAUAUCAGCAACAUUUUAUUACUUUGGAUUUACACAAGUAGAUAAUGACAAGACUUUAAGUUGGACUUUAUGACAAUUUCAGACUGUUGAUAAACUUGACUUUAUGACAAUAUCAGACUACUGUCAACAAAGAUCUAAAUAUUGGCCAGGGAAUUGAUUCCUGACAGCUGGUACUAUCUAACUGUUUGGCUGUUGUUAACCAGUUUAUAAAACCUUACCACAUUGACACAGGCAUCAUUAAUUUAUAUUUAUUUCUAAAAUCUGACCCCAGGAUCCUCAGACAACCUACUAGGUUUAAGUCCUUUAAAUUUGUUUAUGCCAUAUAAAAAUCAAAGUACAAUUUCAUUAUUGAAAUAUUCAUGACUGUAAUAUUUGACUGAAUUUGGACUGAUUUCCAGGGGGACUAUACUGUUGGUAGGUUCUUUAGAAAUUCUGUCGCUGACUUGUCUUGUUGAUGGAGAUGGAACUGUUGUAAGAGACAUUCUACAGGGAGUCUCGGUUGCACAAUAUUGUGUAUAGUAACCUUUUGACCUUGGUACCGUCUAUUGUCUUGCUAACACUGUUUAUACAAAAUCUGAUGAAAUUAUUAUAAUUUAGUAUUCUAUAUAUACUGUAAGUGGCAAAAAUUUCUCAGAAAUACAAAUUGUUUUUCAAGAAAUGUUAUUGAUUUUAAAAACAGCUUUGUAUGAUCUUCACUGAAGUAUUUAUUGAAUUCUUGUGAACACCUAUUUACAUAUGAUAUCUGUGAUAAAGUAUGUACACAUCACUCGCUUGUUUAAGUACACUUAUUAUUAGUACAAAUUUAAUUGUAAUAUAUUUUCAAAUUUAAUAUUUUUUGUGGUGCCAUUUCCCAGCUUGUAUUUUAAGAGAACUUCCCCUUUACAUAUAAUGGUAGUUCAAACUGUAUGUAUAUAUUUUUACGAUGAAUAACAUGGAUUUCAAUUGUUAUGUAAUUUAUGAGAACUUAGAUAUGUUGGAUAUAAAGAACAAUUAUGAUUUCUAGAUAAAAAAAUAAGAUAAAUAGGUUGUAAAGAACAAUGAUGGUUUCUAGAUAAAACAAUAAGAUAGGUGGGACAUUAAGAACAAUGAUGGUUUCUAGAUAAAACAAUAAGAUAAAUAGGUUGUAAAGAACAAUGAUGGUUUCUAGAUAAAACAAUAAGAUAGGUGGGACAUUAAGAACAAUGAUGGUUUCCUAGAUAAAACAAUAAGAUAGGUGGGACAUUAACAACAAUGAUGGUUUCCUAGAUAAAACAAUAAGAUAAAUAGGUUGUAAAGAACAAUGAUGGUUUCUAGAUAAAACAAUAAGAUAGGUGGGACAUUAAGAACAAUACAUUGUACAAUCAGGUUCACAGGACAGAAAGUUUAAAUGUGUCAGCUUUCAUCAGUUCUUUUCUAGGGUUAUCCUUUCAAUUUACAAAAGAGUAAAAUAUUAAAUGAAAAUGGCCAACUGUUUUUGCUUGCUUUUAAUGUCAUGAGGCAUUUGACCAAAAUUCUUUUAAGGAAUAAUCAGUAUUUUCAGUAUUUAUGUUUGAUCUAAAAAGAAGAUUAACAUAUGUAAAAUUUACUAAACCUCAUUGUAUUGUAAUCCUGUACAUGAUUAAUCAAGCACUGGACGCCUAACGAUCUCAUUUUACUCUGUGAUAUAAACCUGUUGUCAGUGUCUCGUACAACAACAAACACUUAUCCAUAUACCGUGUUAUAGUAUAACACUUGUCAAUAUACCGUGUUAUAGUAUAACACUUAUCCAUAUACCGUGUUAUAGUAUAACACUUGUCAAUAUACCGUGUUAUAGUAUAACACUUGUCAAUAUACCGUGUUAUAGUAUAACACUUGUCAAUAUACCGUGUUAUAGUAUAACACUUGUCAAUAUACCGUGUUAUAGUAUAACACUUGUCAAUAUACCAUGUUAUAGUAUAACACUUGUCAAUAUACCGUGUUAUAGUAUAACACUAAUAUACCGUGUUAUAGUAUAACACUUGUCAAUAUACCGUGUUAUAGUAUAACACUUGUCAAUAUACCAUGUUAUAGUAUAACACUAAUAUACCGUGUUAUAGUAUAACACUUGUCAAUAUACCGUGUUAUAGUAUAACACUUGUCCAUAUACCAUGUUAUAGUAUAACACUUGUUCAUAUACCGUGUUAUAGUAUGUGUAAUUAGAGCCGUGAUUGGCUUAUAUAUAAGCACACACAUGAUUUACCGAUGUUUGUUUGGCUGUAAUCAGUAAACAAAUCUGAAUUCCCCACAAAAAUAUACUCAUCUCAUCUGUAACUAUAAUAUGUUACAGUAUAUACCUUGUAUAUUCCAUAGAUUCCAAAAAUCUACACAGUACACUAAAAGUUAGAGAUUUUUCACUAGAUAUCAGUACUGCACUAUUUAAAUCUUCCAUUACAUAAGGUGGCCUUACCAGUAUUUUUAUGAGCUUUAGAUUGUGUAAGUCUUGUGAUCUUCCAUCCAGACAUUUAUAAUCAUCAGUUAUGAUUUGAGAUAUUUUUGCUUUGAUUAUCAUGGAGAUAAAAAUAAGAUUUUAAGGAUACGUAAAUACAAUGUAUUGGACGUGAGUUUUGGAUUUUUAGGUUACCCGAGACUAAUGUAACCAGAGACAAAGUCUCCGGUGACCCAUACUUUUUACCUUUUGUCCGUUGUCGUGUUUUGUCGGUUUGUAAACAAUUUACAUUUUUGACUUCUGAGAAACCCCUGAACCAAUUUCAAUGAAAUUUUGAAGAAACCUUUCAUGGCCAAAGGCAAACUAAACUGAAUUAUAUUGUCCCCAUCCCCCAAGUGGGGCAAGGCAAAAAAGGGGUCAAAUUAACUGAAAUUUCAAAAAAUCUUUUUCUCAAGACUCAAAUAAGGUACAAUUAAAUACUGUUCAUAUAAGGGUCUUAAAGUGCUUUACCAAAAUUGUGAAUUUCAUGACCCUUGGGUCUCACAUUUGCCCCUGGGGAGGGGUUAAACUUUACUAAAGUUUAUAUAGGGAAAUCACAUGUUUAACUAUCAUUUGUUUAACUAUCAUUUGUUAACUUGGUUAAAAUUAUCAGUAUGGGAUGGCAGUUUGGUGGUAUAUGUAUGUUGGCCCUGACUGACCUCCAAGGGCUGAUGGGCAAGGUCUAUUAGGGUCAAAUUGACUGAAAUAUUUCAGAACUCAGGUGGCCGUUAAGGCCCAUGGGGAAUUUGUUUAAUGACAAAAUCCUUGGCUGCUGACUGUAUUUUGGAUAAAAGAAUUCUAUUUUGUUUCUGAUUAGUUAAGUGGUAAUUAAAUUCCAAUGUAAACUCCAUCGGUUUAUGAAUACAUUGUGUAUAGGUCUCUAAUGUUACAUGUUCUCUAGUUUUAAAUCAUCAUUCUGAUAAUCAUGUUGUAUGUUUAUAUAGGAUUACCUUGUGACGAGACAAACUUUUUAAGUGCUAUAUCACUUCUCACACUCGUUAAAAGCAUCAAUUUUAUAUUUUCAUCCGUCCAAUAUUUGUAUCCAAUGUGAAACAUGUUGACCUUGCCUCCUGAUAAAACAGUCCUCACCAUUGUAUUGUCUACAUUGUGUGAUCACACAGACGCUACUUUGUCUUAAGUCCAAGGUUCAAAUUCGAAUUAUCAGUUAUAUAUUUGGCACAGAUUGAAUUGACAUUACAGAGAAAUUACAACAAUUGAAAACUUAAAGAUAUAUCUAGAAUUUCCAUAUGCUUAUAGACUCAGAAAAAUAAUUACAAUUAAUUACCAUUUUGUAAGUUGACUGAAUCAACAACGAUGUUGUUUAUUUCAUUAGACAGACGUCAUGAGGCAGAUUUAUUUGGUAGCAUUGGACCAAGUUUACAUAGAAAUGUGAUACACCUUGUUAUAUAUAUAGAUCUGUUAACAUAGCCACAAUGUACAGAAACAAUUAUUUAUUGACAUUUUAACAGUAAACAAUAUAUUAUAUAGCACAUACAAUAACCCUGUAGCUAGCCGAACUUUGUUCGGAUUUCAAUACAAAAUGUUUUUAUCAACUUAGAUACAUGUACUAAGUUUAAUUGUCUACACAUACAGCAAAUCCAUUGUUUUAAUACUUAAUAACAACAAAAAUCUAAUGAUAGCCUUUUCCCAAAAUAAUGACAAUACUAAUGAUUAGAGUAUUAAUUGUUUAAAUCAUCCCACACGAGUUUACUCCCCUUUAGGGUUUAGAUGUUAUUUUCUGUAAGGUAUGUCUUAUACCUGAGUAGAUAACAGAAUUUAUCGUAAGUUUUAGGAACUUUGUUCAGCAAAGCAGUUAAUUAAUAUUUUACUGAUAAUAGUUGAUUUUUAAAGACGUUAAAAUUUGUAAUAUCAUUGGUUAUGUAAAUGAAAUGUGUUAUAUGUCACUUGCUAAAUUUGUGUUUUGCUGGUUUUGAACGGCAUUGAACAAAAUUCAAGUCAAUGUAUCUAAGCACAGUCUUAGGUUAACACUUGGCCUAUUGAUGAAUUAUUCGACCAGUGAAUUCAAACACUGUUCGUUAUCAAGAGUCUGCAGAAUGCAGCCGUUAAUCUUUAUAAGUUCAGUACUAUAUACCUAAUGGGUAAUCUUUAUAAGUUCAGUACUAUAUACCUAAUGGUUAAUCUUUAUAAGUUCAGUACUAUAUACCUAAUGGUUAAUCUUUAUAAGUUCAGUACUAUAUACCUAAUGGGUAAUCUUUAUAAGUUCAGUACUAUAUACCUAAUGGGUAAUCUUUAUAAGUUCAGUACUAUAUACCUAAUGGGUAAUCUUUAUAGGUUCAGUACUAUAUACCUAAUGGGUAAUCUUUAUAGGUUCAGUACUAUAUACCUAAUGGGUUUUUAAUUUAGUCGUAUAUUGGUCCACCUACUGAUACUAUAACUAGUGUUGGAUUACCACGUCUAAAAUAAAGUACAUAUUCUGGUCAUUUUAUCUCCGAGAUUGGAGAACGCUUUAAGAAUGUUAUUAUGAUGUGAUAUUUCUUGUUGUAAGAGUAAAAAGAAGAAAUACAAUUUCUUUAUGCAAGGUUUUAAUGUAGUCGGCUUAUAAUGCACAUUUCAUCAGUAAAAUUCUCAAUUUGGCUUUACCUCAUUAUAUAAUUACUGUCAGGUUUUACAGAUCGUCCGUCACCUGUAUGUACAAACAAUUAGUCUUUUAUAUGAAAGACAUUUAUGUGAUAUUUUUUUAUCUUUGUACAUUGACAUAUCUGUUAGUGGAACAAUUUGCUGUAGAUUUUCAAAGAGAGAUAGUACUGUACUUGUAUGAUAGCAGGAGUAUUUUAGAAAUAAAAUGCUUCAUAUAGAAAGA